ACUUUCACUAUAUUAAAGUUAUAAAACCUUACCACGUUCCCCAUUCCAGCUCUCACACACACACUCUCUCUCUCUCCAUCUUUUCUCAUUAUUUCCCAUUCAGUUUUGAUUACUGCAUGCAUUUGCAGUCUGAUACUGCUCCUGUCCUGCAAUUUUCCUUCAGCCUGUGAGAUCCCUCCCUUGGCAUCUUACCGUUUAAGAUCCCUUCCUUUCAAAAUAAAAAAUACAAGGACCUAAGGUUAGAACCAAAACCAAAACAGUUUGAACUUUCAAAAUGGAUGACAGUUUAUCUGAUAUUUUUGAGGACACUGAAUUUGGGAACAACCAGUUUGGUUCAGAUGAUCUCUUUGCCAUUUUGGAGAGCCUUGAAGGGUUCUCCACCGAUUUUCCUCUCGUUAACGAAGCUGUUGCGGUCUCGAAUUCCAAAGAGAAUACUGAGGAGAGUCCCAGGUUGGUGUCCCAGAAAUCAACCUCUUCAAGUGCUUUGCAUGAUUCAGAAACUGAGCUUGAAACCUCGCCGAAAAGCAAUAAGAGACAGAAGGUUAGUCCCACAUCGGCGGAGGAGGCGAACCCUGAUGGAACACCAAGGAUGUCUCACAUUACCGUGGAGCGGAACAGGAGAAAGCAAAUGAAUGAGCACUUGACUGUCUUGAGGUCACUCAUGCCUUGCUUCUAUGUUAAAAGGGGAGAUCAAGCAUCGAUAAUUGGAGGUGUGGUUGAUUACAUCAGUGAGUUGCAGCAGUUGCUCCAAGCUCUGGAGGCCAAGAAACAAAGAAAAGUCUACAGUGAAGUCCUGAGCCCAAGGCUGGUUUCAAGCCCAAGGCCCUCACCACUGAGCCCACGGAAACAACCACUGAGCCCAAGGCUAAACCUGCCCAUAAGCCCAAGAACUCCACAACCAGGAAGCCCAUACAAGCCUAGGUUGCCGCAGCAGCAGCUAAACUACAUUAACAUUCCACCACCAGUGGCGUUCUCAAACUCUCUCGAGCCGUCUCCCACUUCCUCCGCCGCUUCCUCCAUCAACGACAACAUCAAUGAGCUUGUGGCCAAUUCCACCUCCGCCGUGGCUGACGUCGAGGUCAAGUUUUCGGGUCCGCAUCUGCUUUUGAAAACGGUGUCUCAGCGGAUUCCGGGGCAGGCUAUGAAGAUUAUUUCAACUCUUGAAGAUCUUGCGCUAGAAAUCCUCCAUGUUAACAUUAGUUCUAGUACUGCGGAUGAUACCAUGCUGAACUCGUUCACUAUCAAGAUUGGAAUUGAAUGCCAACUGAGUGCUGAAGAACUGGCUCAACAAAUCCAGCAAACAUUCUGCUAAAGAUGGGGUUAUGCAUGUCCAGAGUCCGGACCAAACAUGAAUCAAUGUGCACCUAUUUGUUACUGUGUUUGUACGUACGUAGUUGUACUAUUAACAGGGUAACGUAGGAAGAGUCAUUUACUUACAAGCAUUUGUCUUUCUCUUUCUUUCUUUUUUUUUUAACUACAGAAAUCGCUAGUGUAAUUGGUAGAGACAACUCAGACAAGUAUUAAUUAGCUAAACUAGUUUAUAGAGAGACUCUCUUGUAAGUUGUAAUUGACCACCGUCAAGCUUUAAUUUCUUCAAUGAAUUAGACUUCUA